AUGCAUUGGUGCGACCCUGCUCUACAAGUCACUCCUGGCUUCAAAAAAUGGAAUCACGCGAUAUCUCUGCUGUUACACGUUUGUUCAGGAAUUACGUUAGCCAGUUUGGAAUCUCUUGCAUUAGGGGAAAAUCUGGCAAAAAGAAGCCUCACUGCCAACAUUACCUGUAAGCACUGCGGAGAAUUGGAAACUGCCAACCACGUCUUUCUCCACUGCAACUUUGCUAGACAAGUAUGGGACCUCAUUCAUCUAUGGACCACGGACUUCAAGCCAUCAGACUGCGCCUCCUUCGGUGAAGCUUUACUCUUGACAAUCCAGCUGAAAAACUUACCUCCUCUCGGAGUAACAGGGAACAUAUUCCCAUGGAUAAUAUGGGGACUCUGGAUAGCAAGGAACCUAUUUGUCUUUGAAAACAGAGUAACUACGCCAGCAGAGCUCAUCACAAAGUCAAUCAGAAAUGCCCAAGAGUGGACCAUGGCGCAAGCAAAUAUUGCACAACAACGACCGCCUUCAUCACAUGGUUUGCUUGAUCAUUUGCCUCUUGAUACCCUUGUUUGUUUCAUUGAUGCAGCUUGGCAAGCUACAACCCAGCGCGCAGGGUGUGGAUGGAUCUUCUUCACACUUCAAGGGGAACGACUAGACCAAGGAACCUCCAUAUUUGAGCACACCUCGACUCCUCAGAUGGCAGAAGAACUCGCCAUAAGAUCGGCUCUCUUACACGCACGGACAGCCGGCUACUCAAGAAUCUGUAUCAAAUCAGAUUGUCAAGCACUCGUUGCUAGCAUUACCUCGAAGAACUACCCGACGGAUCUCUACGGAAUCACCCGGGACAUCGAGCAUCUAUCCCUCUCUUUUGAUUUCAUUGUCUUUUCUUUUAUUCCAAGAAACAUGAACUUCCUAGCUGAUUCUCUUGCAGUAUUGAUCCUCUAA